CUAUAAGAGAUCAACAAAUCCAUGUGACUUUUGUUUGCUGGAAGGCCGUGCUCGAACGAAGGUUGAGAAGUGAACACGUGGAGUGGCUGGUGGGCCUGGAAACUGAAGGCCAUGGAUCCCCAUGAACCGGGUCCAGUGCCGGCUCAAUUCCCGGCCGAAAUCCAGGUCGGGAAAUUCGCCGCGGCCCGCAUCCAAGAAAUUUUGGCCUUACAACAUUAUAUUGAUCAACCGCGUCAAGGACAAUUGGCCUCACAGCAAGUGCCUCGUCAUCUUCGUCGUCGUGCCGUCAGUCACCAUCCCAACCGAUUACCCCGUCGCCUCCGUGACAAACACCGUCAACAGAAGCUCAAAUCCGAUGGCCAAGUGGCGGCCAAACCCACCAAACGACCUUCCCGUCGUUAUCGUCGACGGCCUCAGAACCUUUUGGACGAGUACAAUCGGCGACAGCGCACCAAUGUGUGGCUGGAAACGCACAUUUGGCACGCCAAACGGUUUGCCAUGGUGGAAAAAUGGGGCUACAAAAUGGCCGAUCAUCCCAAUGACAAACAUUUCCGCGCGGCCUUUCGGGCCUCAGCGCAAAGUUGCCUCAUGUGGGAUCGAUCUUAUUGCAACUGCUGGGAACUCAAGGGUCCAAUCGAGACUUUGAUGAGUCAGUUAAGAUUGUUAGUGGGACCAGAUGUGUCUAUUGAAGGGUCGGAUCUAUUAGGCGGAUUGAAAGAAGCCCAUGCUUGUGUUUAUCAGCCCGGGAAAUAUCCUUUAGGAGUUAUCGGGUCGGUUUCAUUCAUUUGGCGACCGGCCGAGACUGGAAAGGACCAUCGUACCCUGUGGUUGUGGAGUCAUCCGUCGGUUUAUGCCACUUUAAAAUCGAUUUUCCUCAACCUAUUCGGUCUCAGUCGGGUGGAAUCGAAUGAAGACACGACCCUGACCGACCCACCCGAAAAGAAGCUCAAGAAAGACGUGAAUGCCUCUAAAAUGGCCUUAAGAAAUGUUCCAUUUGAUCGAGUCCCGUCCUAUGUGGACAAUCAGGGAAUAGUGACUCUCAAUGAUCUCAAGGACACUUUGAACCGGUUUCGAUUGGUUGGACCUAAAGUUCAAAUGGUUUUGAGUCGUGCUCUCCAAUCAUCAUAUAUUCAUGAGGGCCAAGUGAAUUGGCGAGAAGAAGUGUCAAAGGAAGAGGAGCAAGAGCAAAGCGAGGCGUGGCAAGAAGUUUCUCAACACGCCCCGGGAGAAAUUCAACCCAGGAGUGUGCUGAGUCUGAUCACACGAGAUCCACGCGUUUUGUUGCCGCCCAAACGAGAUGGAAUUCAAUUUCCCGAAUUAAACGUUCCAACCCCGUGCAUGUUCAAGGCCAAAUCAUCAAUAGCCAAAUCGAUGCUAUGGUGUUCGAAUAUUCGAGAUGAGGUCACUCAAUCCAAAUGUCCGGACCAUGAGAUUAAUCAAAAACGCUCUAAAAAUCUCGUGCCCGGCACGCCUUUAGCCUUAACCGAGGACGAAUCCCGGGUUCCAGUCAUGCUCGUUCAACAACCGGGAACCGGGCAAAAUCAUUACGGAUCCGGUUGGGACCUAGUUUUUCCUGCGGGAUGGGGAGCGUCUAUGUGGAUGAAUCUCGUUUUUAACGGAGCUCGAGUGGGAGGCCUUCGAGAAGAGAACCAUUUCCUUUUCGAACGAGCCGAAUUGAGUGAGUUGACACGAUUUCCAGAAUCGGAAGCCGGAAUACACGAGGCUAAUAGAGUAACGGAAAUGUUGAAAACCCUUCAUUUCAGGUAUCCACCGGAUAAAAGGACAAAUUAUCUCAAAUUAUCCGUAAUUUCUCCAUUUGCCGCUCCAUGGCCGAUGUUGAUUCGCAAUUACUUGGACGACGAUUUGGCUCGGAAAAAACAAACCCAGGAUCUGGAUUGCUCACAGUUCUUUGUUGUACGCAAUCCAACAACCUUAAAGGCCAUUGAAGACCAAUUAUCUCAUUCUGCUCCCAUGAAAUAUCCAUCCAACGAGGAUUUGAUGGCCUUGGUACCCGUGAAGCUUGAGAUCAUUGGGAAAGGAACGUUAGGCCAGUUUAGCAUGAUUUGUUGUCCCAACCUAAAUGAUUCAAUGGACGAUCCACCCCAGGAGUUAGCCAAAGAAGACAAGAAAUUAGCUGCCAGGAAGGCCUUGAAGGAAAAACACGUUCAAGACAAGGCCAGAUUGAGGAAACGAUGGAAAGACAAAAAGGAUCGAAUCGUUCAAAUGCGGGCGGAAAGUACCUUGAACAAGACCAAUCCGGAUGAAGAAGCCAUCGAGCGGAUCAAGGAGGAGAUGUGUCGCCUGAAAGAGAAACGUGAAGAAGAAAGCUCGACCUUCAACGACAAGAUGAACUCUCUUUGGCUAGCUGAUGCUACCGAUGCGAAGAACUCGAGUUCGAGAUCAAUCAUGGGAUUCGUAUUAGAAGCCGGCUACUCACUCCAUCUAGGUCAAGUGAGCGGAUCAGGUUAUGUCCCACUUUUAGCUCUGUAUGAGUUUUCACUCACUCGAGGUCAGCAGUCCAGGACCCAUGUUCUAACUCGCGAAACCAACACCAAUCAAUAUCGUUGGGCAAAGAUGACCAUUACGCAUAAUAAAUCAUGAUUUACCCACAA